ACCGCCAGCCAACCAGUCUUCCCAUAGGCAAGGCCAGAGCUUGGUCUUCCUCCCAAGCGCCUGUGAUUUCAGUACCACCGCGCGCGCCUCCAAGUUUGGGGAAACCCCAGCAAACAUUAAGAUUUUCAUGGUUUUGUGAAGUCCUAUCCUCACGGGGUCAGGUGCACGUGUCAUCCAGCGUCCAGGGAACUCUUCCCGGGUGAGCAAGGAGAAGAGUCUCCCCAACUGUGAAAGCGCCCUCCUUGAUGUGAAUCAAGGGCGGAAUGAAAGCCCUGCGCCAGGAGCCAAGCCGAGCGCCUGCAAUCAAGGACACCACUGGACGGUGGAUCGGGUUUUACACUGUAUCAGCAUAGAGUAUCAGCGUAGAGCGGCUCAGAGAGGAACGAUAGUGGCGGAAAGGAAGAAGUGGAGGAGUUUGUGCUUUCCUUUAGCACUGGCAUAGGGAUGGGGGGUCGUCGUUGUCAUCGUCGUCAUCGUCAUCAUCACCAUCCUCAGAGCUUAAUCAAGCCGCGCGAUGUCCGUUCUUCCCCUUUGUUUCCUGCCAGGCCAGCCAGGCGAGAGGCAGAGGCGAGUGACGUCCCGGGGGCCGGUCUGAGCGGCCCUCUCCUCAACCGCCUACACCACGCGUUCCCUUUGCGCGCGCUCGCACCCGCGCCCCGCGGCAGGGACGCGGCUUUCCCGAGGGUCCCGCGCCGCCCAGCGCCCCCCAGUGGCGAGCGGCUGGACCUCGCCACUCCUCGCUCGCACCUCACUCGCGCCCUCCCUUCCCGCUCUUCCUCUCGGCCUGUAUUUAACCCUCGGGCUCUUGGCCUCGCGGUGCGUGCUGGCAUCUCCCGCUUUGCCAGUCUCGCGUCUCCGCCGUCGCGUCUCCCUCCUGCGCCCCCUGCGCCUCCCAGCAGGCGCCGGCUCUCCCCUCCCUCCUCCGGCUCUCGCGGACUCACUCGCACGGGAAGGAGGCGGCUACACGCCUGGCCGUCUAAGCGGGCACAGCUCCGGCCGAGGGAGGACUUCACGGACGCAGGUUGGGUGGGUGCAGCGGCGAGAGCCACGGCGAGGGAGAUCUGGGGUAGCAUGGCCGGGAGAAGCGCCUUCCCCGCCGCCGCGCUGCGGCUCUGGAGCAUCCUCCCGUGCCUGCUGGUACUGCGGGCGGAGGUCGGGCAGCCGCGGGAGGAAAGCCUGUACCUGUGGAUCGAUGCUCACCAGGCAAGAGUGCUCAUAGGAUUUGAAGAAGAUAUCUUGAUUGUUUCAGAGGGGAAAAUGGCCCCUUUUACACACGAUUUCAGAAAAGCACAACAGAGAAUGCCAGCCAUUCCUGUCAAUAUCCAUUCCAUGAAUUUUACCUGGCAAGCUGCAGGGCAGGCAGAGUACUUCUAUGAAUUCCUGUCCUUACGCUCCCUGGAUAAAGACAUCAUGGCAGACCCAACUGUCAAUGUCCCUCUGCUGGGAACAGUGCCUCACAAGGCAUCAGUUGUUCAGGUUGGUUUCCCAUGUCUUGGAAAACAAGAUGGAGUGGCAGCUUUUGAAGUGAAUGUGAUUGUAAUGAAUUCUGAAGGCAACACCAUCCUACAGACGCCUCAAAAUGCUAUCUUCUUUAAAACAUGUCAACAAGCCGAAUGCCCAGGAGGGUGCCGAAAUGGAGGCUUUUGUAAUGAAAGACGCAUCUGUGAGUGUCCUGAUGGAUUCUAUGGCCCUCACUGCGAGAAAGCCCUUUGCACACCACGGUGUAUGAACGGCGGGCUCUGUGUCACUCCUGGGUUCUGCAUCUGCCCACCUGGCUUCUAUGGAGUCAAUUGUGAUAAAGCAAACUGCUCAACUACCUGCUUUAAUGGAGGGACCUGUUUCUACCCUGGGAAGUGUAUUUGCCCUCCAGGACUAGAGGGGGAACAGUGUGAAAUCAAAUCAGGAUAUCAAACUGCUUAUCCUCCUGGCUCUGCCCCCUGCCGGCCUUGCAACCCUCAGCAGAUCACUGAAGCUCUCUGACACUCAGAAAGGAGCCAACGGCACCCUAGAUUGCUUUAGGAUCCAGAAAAGAGAUGACACCAGCACUCCGUUCAGGAAGGAGCAAAAGGAACAUGAGCAUGUCUGCUACGGGUGCCGUGUCCCUGCUUUUCUGGAAGCUCUGGAAUAUGGCAUUUUCAUUUCCGGCUGUAUCAUAUCUGUAAAAUACUGCUGAUUAGUACAGCCAUGGUUUCUGAAGUUGCAGUAGGCUCAAAAUUAAAUAAUAUUGACUUGCAAUUUUGACUUUCAAGCUCUAGUUUGUGAGUUUCUGUACUUUAGUGAGUAGUAGAUGAAGUAACCACUUUUUUAUAGAGUUCAAACGAAAUACCUCUGAAGUUUCCAUAGAACAUGUAAUGGAUUGUCAGGAUGUGGUUUCUGUUCUUAUUAAUUACCCUGCCCUGAUAAAGAUAUCUCUAAACUAACUCCCCUCAGAUUUCUUUUUCCAUACUUGCUCUCAGACUCCACAUACUUAGUUAGAUCAUAUUUAGGAAUCUUUGUUCAUGGGCUCAUUUCUCUUUAUGUAAAUACCCUUUCAUGCUCUUGGGUUUACGACCUUUCCACUGGCAGAGACAAUGAUUUCUAUUUGUUUCUCCCCCCCCUAACUGCACCCAAAAUGUAGGCCUUUGAAAGCUCCUGAUUAUCCCUAUCACAAGUUAUGCUCAAACCCUUCUAGGAAGUGUCCUGUUUCUAUUAUAAGAACCAAGAAAAUAUGGAAAUAGGUCUUGACUUGAUAAGUGCCUCCAGUAUAGUAGAGACAAAGAGUUGAAUUAUGAAUUCUUAUUUUUAAAUUGAGAUAUAAUUCACAUACCAUAAAAUUCACCAUUUAAAAAUAUGCAAUUCAGUAUAUUCAUGAAAUUAUACAGCAUCGCUUCUGUCUCAUUCUAGAAUAUGUCAUCACCCACAGAAGAAACCCAGUACCCAUGAGCAGUGACUCCCUAUUUCCCUUUCCCCAAGAUACUGGAAGCUACCAGUCUACUUUCUGUCUCUUAAGAUUUUCCUAUUCUGGACAUUUCAUAUAAUAGAAUCACACAAUAUAUGUCCUUUUAUGGCCAACUCCUUUCACUUAGCAUGAUGUUUUUGAGGGUCAUCCAUAUUGUGGCAUGUAUCAUUACUUCCUUUUGAUUGCUGAACAGUAUUCCAUUACAUAUAUAUGGCUGUGUAUGUAUAUAUGUAUAUGUGUGUAUGUAUACACACACA